AUGAAGAAGACACUCAUUCUCGAUCUAGACAAUACACUGGUAUACGCUCAUAAGGAUCUCGUCUCUUCUGUAGAUUUCAGCAUGGAAUUCGACGAUGAUGCACCACUCCACAUCAUGAAGAGACCAGGCGUAGAUGAAUUUCUGGGGAAGGUUUCAAAAGUGUACGAUAUCGUGGUGUUUAGUGCCGCCCAGGAGAAGUAUGUCAACCUUGUGGUUGACCAUCUGGAUCCUACUGGGGGGCUUGUGUCAAGGAGGCUACAUGGUGGCAAUUGCGUUGUUCUAAAGGACGGGACGAAAGUCAAGAAUCUUGACCAUGUAGGGUUUCGGGAUUUCAAGCGGGUGGUGGCACUGGAUGACAUUGUUGACUUCUACCAAGGUCAUCAAGAGAGCGUGGUGGUGGCUCCAAAGUUUGAGGGGUCAAAGGAUGACCACUUCUUGGCAGAUGUAACCCCGUUCCUUCUUGCGCUGUCAAAGUGUGUGGAUUUUACCAAAGUUAUCCAUCGCUGGAAUAUUGGACAAUGUGUGGAGAAGCAAGGCAAAUUGUACGUCCUAGAUCCAUUCGAUGAUGAAUGGGUUGUUUUUAACUGA